CUCUCAUUUUCAUUCAGUGCACUUUUUGAAUUGAAAUAGUAAACACUAGUUAUUUUUGUAAAAUACAAUGUCGUUUGAAAUUAUUGGAGAUAAAGCUAACCCUCUUUCAAGUCUUCAAGUUAAACGAUUAGACGGCAAAUGGAAAAAUUUUCCUGCAUCAAUUUUACGUCCUUUACAUGCUGAAAAAUUAGACUCUUUUGUAAACUUUCCCGUCAGAUCAGAUGAUAUUUUUAUAUUAGGAUAUCCACGAUCAGGAACUUCAAGAUUGAUGGAAUUAGUUUGGAUAAUUGCUAAUGAUUGUGAUUUUGAGACAUUGUUGGAAUAUGAUGCUGAUGUGAGAACUGUUAGCUUUGAGAUCCCAGAAUGGAGUUUUGAAUGGCGCGAUAAAUUUUUGGCGAAAUCAUUCGAAGAAAUGAAAAGUCCAAGAUCCAUGAAAUGUCACCUUCCAGUUCAACUUUUGCCUGAUGAAUUCUGGACGAAAAAACCAAAAUCUUUUUACAUAAGUCGUGAUCCAAAGGAUGUUGCAGUCUCACAAUAUCACUUUACCAAUACAAUUCCGAUAAAUCCAAAAACAUUAGAGGAUUUUUUGGAUGAUUUUAUAGCUGAUAAGAUUCCUCAUGGUCCAUAUCGAGAGAAUAUGUGGAACUACAUGAACUUACCAGAUAAUGAAAAUAUUUGCUAUUUUACUUAUGAGGAAAUGUCUGGCGACUUAGAAGUUGAUGCUGUUUCUAUUCCAAGUGUUAGUGUUAAACGAUUAGAUGAUAAAUGGAAAAACUUUCCUGCAUCAAUUUUACUUCCAUUACAUGCUGAAAAGUUAGACUUUUUUGUAAACUUUCCCGUCAGAUCAGAUGAUAUUUUUAUAUUAGGAUAUCCACGGUCGGGAACUUCAAGAUUAAUGGAAUUAGUUUGGAUUAUUGCUAAUGAUUGUGAUUUUGAGACAUUGUUGGAAAAUGAUGCUGAUGUGAGAACUGUUAGCCUCGAGAUCCCAGAAUGGAGUUUUGAAUGGCGUGAUAAAUUUUUGGCGAAAUCUUUCGAAGAAAUGAAAAGUCCAAGAUCAAUAAAAUGUCACCUUCCAGUUCAACUUUUGCCUGAUGAGUUUUGGACGAAAAAACCAAAAUCUUUCUACAUAAGUCGUGAUCCAAAGGAUGUUGCAGUCUCACAAUAUCAUUUCGCUAAUUCAUUUUCAACCAAUUCAGGAAAAUUAGAGGAGUUUUUGGAUGACUUUAUGGCUGAUAAGAUUCCUCAUGGUCCAUAUCGAGAGAAUAUGUGGAACUACAUCAAUUUACCAGAUAAUGAAAAUAUUUGUUAUUUUACUUAUGAGGAAAUUUUGCCAUACCAUAGUGAGGCAUCAACAGUGUCCAUAAGAAAAUUCAAAAUUAAGAAACAAAAAAUGUCGGUCUUUAAAAUUGAAGAAAAAUCAUCAAGAACCGCUCCUCAAGUUACCGUAAAGCGUUUAGAUGACAAGUGGAAAAACUUUGCAGGCUCAACUUUGCCACCGCAAUAUGUUGAAAAAUUAGAAUCAUUUAAGAACUUUUCGGUAAGACCUGAUGAUGUCUUCAUAUUAGGGUUUCCAAGGUCUGGAACGACGAGAUUACAAGAAUUGGUUUGGAUCAUUGCAAAUGAUUUUGAUUUUGAGACACUGAUGGAAUAUGAUUGUGAUGCGAGGAUUGUGUUUUUUGAGACGCCUGAAUGGAGUUUCCAGCUUCGUCAAAAACCACUAGCAACAUCAUUUGAAGACAUGAAGAGUCCAAGAACAAUGAAAUGUCAUCUUCCAGUUCAACUACUUCCUGAUGAAGUUUGGACAAAGAAACCAAAGCUAUUGCACAUUUCACGUGAUCCAAAGGAUGUUGCUGUGUCUGAUUAUCAUCUAAUGAAGAACUUUUCUCCAACUCCAAUUAAACUUGAAGAUUUUUUGGAAGAUUUCUUAUCAGAUGCUUUGAUGUAUACGCCAUAUCGAGAGUACAUUUGGAACUACUUAAACUUACCAGAUUAUGAAAAUAUUUUGUAUUUGACUUAUGAGAAUAUGUCUGCUGAUUUAGAAGGAACUAUUCAAAAGAUCAGUCAUUUGAAUGUCAGUCACUGA